AUGGCGUACUCGAGAAUGUCCGCGCUAGCCUGUGCGCUGCCCCUGGUGGCGCUCGUCCUGGCGUCGCUCUGCCUCAACGCCUCCGCCGAGCUCGCCGUCCCCGAGGCUGCCUCGUCCGCGCUUGCCGCUGCCAUGUCCGGCGAUCUGGCUCAGCUCGACGCCACAAAUGCUCUCAGCGACGACGCUGCGACGAGGAGGAUUCUCGACGACGACGACGACGACGAUGAUGACGAGGACAAGGACAAGAAGAAGAAGGACAAGAAGAAGAAGGAGGACAAGAAGGAGGACAAGAAGAAGGAGGACAAGAAGUCGAAGAAGUCUCCUCCCACUCCCUCGCCUUCCACUCCCACCACUCCCAACAAGAAGGGCGGCAAGAAGACUCCCCCCACUCCCACAACCCCCGCCACUCCUGGCAAGCCCGCCACUCCCGGCAAGCCCGGCACGCCCGGCGCGGGGAAGCCGGCGGUGAAGCUGAGCGGGUCGGACUCGAAGGUGGUAUCGCUGCUGGAUGCGGCGGCGGUGGACGUGGACAGCGCCAAGGCGAAGCUCUCCGUCAAGACGUACGUCAAGAGCCUCACGGACACGGCGGCGGCGCUGCGCAACGCCGCCAUUCUGAUUCGCACUGGGCAGCGCACGCUGGUGGCGGGGCAGAUCGACAACUCGAUCGCCACCAUCAACGGUGUGAGCAUCAUGCUCCCCGCCGGCGGCGCCGACAAGAGCCUGCUCGCGUCCGCCCUUGGCAAGGCGCAGAGCGCCAAGGCCGCGUGGAAGGCGGGGCAUGGCGGCGGUGCAUGUGCAUGUGCGCAAGCGGCAUGUCUGCACCUGUCCCACUCCCCCACCUCCACCGCUACUUCGCCUCAGCGGGCAGGCGGCAUGGCGGCAGGCGGCUGGGGGCUGUUGCUCAUGACCGGGGGUGAUGAUCCCAGGUGGGGCGGCAUGGGCAUGUGGCCGGGCGGCAUGCCGUGCAUGGGAACCAUGGGUGGGCGGUGGAAGAAGUGUGGGGGCGGCAGCAUCACAGGGCCUUGUUGGGGGAGGGGGAGUGGGAUGGAGAAGAGGAGGGGUGCGGGGUGA